CGGCCCCUAUAUUAACGGCCAUUGCGGCGCCCCCUCAGCGCCGCCUCCCGCCUCCUCCGCCCGGCAUCGCCUCCCGCUCGCGCCGCUCCCGCCAUGACCGAUGCGGCCGUGUCCUUCGCCAAGGAUUUCCUUGCCGGCGGGGUGGCGGCCGCCAUCUCCAAGACCGCCGUCGCGCCCAUCGAGAGGGUCAAGCUGCUGCUGCAGGUGCAGCACGCCAGCAAGCAGAUCUCCGCCGACAAGCAGUACAAGGGCAUCAUCGACUGCGUGGUGCGCAUCCCGCGGGAGCAGGGCAUCCUCUCGUUUUGGCGCGGCAACCUGGCCAAUGUGAUCCGCUACUUCCCCACCCAGGCCCUCAACUUCGCUUUCAAGGAUAAGUACAAGGAGAUCUUCCUGGGCGGCGUGGACAAGCGAACCCAGUUCUGGCGGUACUUCGCCGGGAACCUGGCAUCCGGGGGCGCCGCCGGCGCGACCUCCCUGUGCUUCGUGUACCCCCUUGACUUUGCCCGAACCCGCCUGGCAGCGGAUGUGGGUAAAGCCGGGGCCGACCGCGAGUUCAGUGGGCUCGGUGACUGCCUGGUCAAAAUCUUCCGCUCAGAUGGCCUCCGGGGCCUGUACCAGGGCUUCAGCGUCUCUGUGCAGGGCAUCAUCAUCUACAGAGCCGCCUACUUCGGCAUCUACGACACCGCCAAGGGCAUGCUUCCAGACCCAAAGAACACCCACAUUGUUGUCAGCUGGAUGAUCGCUCAGAGCGUCACUGCUGUGGCUGGUUUGGUGUCCUACCCUUUUGACACGGUUCGUCGGCGCAUGAUGAUGCAGUCUGGCCGGAAAGGAGCUGACAUAAUGUACUCUGGCACUCUUGACUGCUGGCGGAAGAUUGCCCGGGAUGAGGGCUCCAAGGCCUUUUUCAAAGGUGCAUGGUCAAACGUACUCCGAGGAAUGGGCGGUGCUUUUGUCUUAGUCCUGUAUGAUGAAAUCAAGAAGUAUACAUAAGUUGUUUCCUGUUGUGAACUGGCAUGUUGUUCUGUGUAGUCUAUGACUGUUCAUGGACUUGUUUGAAAACCAUCUAGUUACUAAACAGUGGCAGCUGAUGUUUGUACAGGUUGGCAUGGGGCAGGGGUGGCUGCUUGCCCUGUCUUUAUCAAACUAUUCCCCCUGAUGGGACUCAUGAUGGUUUCUAUUUCAGUCACUCUUGCUUAAAAAGUACAGAGAAAUAAAAAUCUGAAACCAA